CCCGACAGGUCCUGCCUAUUGAGAAAGCCAGACCACCCACAUGGAGAGGACGAUGGAGCGCUUAAUAGAAACAGGCAGGCAAUUGUGCGCCUUCCCCGCACUCCGCCGAUUGCCUGCAACCUAGGAGGAUUAUCCUGGGUUUCGGGUUGGGUGGUGCGCGCGUUUGGUGUUUUUUUUUUUUUUCUCCCCCUCCUGGGCUUAUUUUAUUUUGCCAUUUCGCGUCUUUUCCGAUACGGAACGGGGUGGCCGGCCCGAGACUGGGGUGUGGGGGGUGUGGGGGACCGCAACGAAGGGAGCCCGCCCAGGCAGGAGGAGAGCGGAGGCCAACUGAUGCGCUCCUGCCGAGUCCCCUGCGUCUGCGGCGGCGGCAGCGCGACGUGAAAUCGACCCGGCCCUCCGGGAGGCUCAACUUUUUUUUUUUUUUUUUUGCCUCGAGGGAAUUUGGGAUGAAAAUGGGGAGAGCUACUGGAAGAAAAGCGCCGCUGUGGCUGAGAGCGAAAUUUCAGAGACUGCUAUUUAAACUGGGCUGUUACAUUCAAAAAAACUGCGGGAAAUUUUUAGUGGUUGGCCUUCUGAUCUUCGGGGCUUUUGCGGUGGGAUUAAGAGCAGCCAAUCUGGAGACCAAUGUGGAGGAACUCUGGGUAGAAGUUGGUGGGCGAGUGAGUCGGGAGUUAAGUUACACACGGCAGAAGAUUGGAGAAGAGGCCAUGUUUAAUCCUCAACUGAUGAUUCAGACACCACAAGAAGAGACUGCUAAUGUACUAACAACCGAAGCACUCAGACAGCACCUUGAUUCUGCACUACAAGCCAGCAAGAUACAUGUAUAUAUGUACAACAGACAAUGGAAAUUGGAACACUUAUGUCACAAAUCAGGGGAACCCAUCACAGAAACCGGUUACAUGGACAAGAUUAUAGAACAUCUUUACCCUUGUUUAAUUAUCACACCACUGGACUGCUUCUGGGAGGGUGCAAAGUUACAGUCUGGGACUGCAUAUUUACCAGGAAAACCCCAUUUGCAGUGGACCAACUUUGACCCCUUAGAAUUCUUAGAGGAGCUGAAGAAGAUAAACUCCCAAGUAGAUACCUGGGAGGAGAUGCUGAAUAAGGCAGAAGUUGGCCAUGGAUAUAUGGAUCGACCUUGCCUAAACCCUGAUGAUCCGGACUGUCCUAUAACUGCCCCCAACAAAAAUUCAACUAAACCUCUUGAUGUCGCCCUUGCUUUAAGCGGUGGAUGCUAUGGGUUGUCAAAAAAAUAUAUGCAUUGGCAAGAAGAACUGAUUAUUGGUGGCACUGUUAAAAAUGAUACUGGGAAACUUGUCAGUGCUCAGGCUUUACAGACCAUGUUUCAGCUAAUGACUCCAAAGCAAAUGUAUGAGCACUUCAAGGGUUACGACUACGUUUCGCACAUCAACUGGAAUGAGGACAAGGCAGCUGCAAUCCUGGAAGCAUGGCAGAGGAUGUAUGUUGAGGUUGCUCAUCAAAGUCUUGCACAAAACUCUACUCAGAAGGUGCUUUCCUUUACGACAACAACUCUGGAGGACAUCCUAAAGUCAUUUUCUGACGUCAGCGUCAUCCGAGUUGCUAGCGGCUAUCUAUUAAUGCUUGCCUACGCCUGCUUAACCAUGCUGAGGUGGGACUGUGCUAAAUCCCAGGGUGCUGUGGGUCUGGCAGGAGUCUUGUUGGUUGCUCUCUCGGUAGCUGCCGGAUUGGGACUGUGUUCCUUGAUUGGGAUUUCCUUUAACGCUGCCACAACUCAGGUUUUACCCUUUCUUGCUCUUGGAGUUGGGGUAGAUGAUGUCUUUCUUUUGGCACAUGCAUUUAGUGAAACUGGGCAGAAUAAGAGAAUUCCAUUUGAGGAUAGAACAGGGGAAUGUCUGAAACGCACAGGUGCAAGUGUGGCCCUUACAUCUAUUAGCAAUGUUACUGCAUUCUUCAUGGCUGCCUUAAUUCCCAUUCCAGCUCUACGGGCAUUUUCACUCCAAGCUGCUGUGGUUGUAGUAUUUAACUUUGCCAUGGUUCUGUUAAUUUUUCCUGCUAUUUUGAGUAUGGACCUAUACCGCCGGGAAGAUCGGAGGCUGGAUAUAUUCUGCUGUUUUACAAGCCCCUGCGUCAGCAGAGUCAUUCAAAUUGAACCUCAAGCAUAUGCAGAGGCCGGUGAUAACUUACGCUACAGCCCUCCACCGCCCUACAGCAGCCCCAGUUUUGCCCACGAAACUCAAAUCACAAUGCAGUCUACAGUCCAGUUGCGCACUGAAUACGACCCACACACUCAGGUUUAUUACACUACAGCAGAACCUCGGUCAGAAAUAUCGGUACAACCAGUCACCAUGCCACAAGAUAACCUCAGCUGCCAGAGCCCGGAAAGCACCAGUUCAACCCGGGAUCUUCUUUCUCAGUUCUCUGGAACUACACUGCAUUGUCUUGAGCCUCCCUGUACUAAAUGGACACUCUCCUCUUUUGCUGAAAAGCAGUAUGCACCACUCCUGUUAAAACCAAAAGCAAAGAUUAUGGUCAUUUGUCUUUUUCUGGGCUUACUUGGCCUCAGUCUUUAUGGAACAACUCGUGUGAGAGAUGGAUUGGAUCUCACAGACAUUGUGCCACGGGAGACUCGAGAGUAUGAGUUCAUUGCAGCCCAGUUCAAAUACUUCUCAUUCUAUCAUAUGUAUAUUGUUACCCAGAAAGCAGAUUAUCCCAACAUCCAACAUUUACUUUAUGAACUGCACAGAAGCUUCAGCAAUGUGACCUACGUCUUAUUGGAGGAAAACAAGCAACUUCCUAAAAUGUGGUUGCAUUAUUUUAGAGACUGGCUGCAAGGUCUUCAGGAAGCUUUUGACAACGACUGGAAAUCUGGGAAGAUCACCCUUCACAGUUACAAAAAUGGAUCUGAAGAUGCUGUUUUGGCUUACAAACUUCUAGUUCAGACUAUUUCAAACAUGCGAGAUAAACCCCUUAACAUGAGCCAGUUGGCUAAACAGCGCUUGGUGGACGCAGAUGGAAUCAUUAACCCAAAGGCGUUCUACAUGUACCUAACAGCCUGGGUUAGCAACGAUCCUGUGGCCUACGCUGCCUCUCAAGGCAACAUCCGGCCCCACCGUCCAGAAUGGGUCCAUGAUAAAGCAGACUAUAUGCCAGUAACCAUCCCAGAAGCUGAGCCUAUUGAAUAUGCUCAAUUUCCUUUCUACCUCAAUGGACUGCGUGAUACCUCUGAUUUUGUGGAAGCUAUAGAGAAAGUGAGAGCAAUCUGCAAUAAUUACACUAACCUUGGGAUUCCCAGUUAUCCAAAUGGGUAUCCAUUUCUCUUUUGGGAACAAUAUAUAAGCCUUCGUCAUUGGCUCCUCUUAUCCAUUAGCGUGGUUCUGGCCUGCACGUUUCUGGUGUGUGCCCUCAUUCUUCUGAACCCCUGGACAGCUGGGAUCAUUGUGGUUGUACUGGCUCUUAUGACAGUGGAACUCUUUGGUAUGAUGGGUCUAAUUGGAAUAAAACUAAGUGCAGUUCCUGUCGUCAUCCUGAUUGCAUCUGUUGGAAUUGGAGUGGAAUUCACAGUUCAUAUUGCUUUGGCAUUUCUAACAGCGAUAGGAGACAAAAAUCGUAGGACUAUCCUUGCAUUAGAACACAUGUUUGCACCUGUGUUGGAUGGCGCUGUGUCUACACUACUUGGCGUGUUAAUGCUUGCAGGAUCUGAAUUUGACUUUAUUGUCAGGUAUUUCUUUGCUGUUUUGGCAAUUUUAACUAUCUUAGGCGCUUUGAAUGGAUUGGUGCUGCUUCCUGUUCUCCUUUCCCUAUUUGGACCAUAUCCUGAGGUUUCUCCAGCUGAUGGAAGGAGCAGACUACCUACCCCUUCUUCUGAACCUCCCCCAAGCAUUGUGAGGUUUGCUGUUCCACCAACUCAUGGUCAAAAUGGCUCAGAUACAUCUGAUUCCGAAUACAGUUCUCAGACAACAGUAUCAGGAAUCAGUGAGGAACUACAUCAGUAUGAGGGCCCCCAGAGAACCGGGGCCCCAGCCCAUCAAAUCAUUGUUGAAGCAACUGAAAAUCCAGUGUUUGCCAAAUCCACGGUGAUCCAACCAGAUGCAAGCUAUUAUCCAUCAAGUCCAAAGCUACAAUCUAACCAAGACCCUGGAACCCAACAAACAUGGCAUAAAAGCAAGAAAUUGAAAAGAGAACCAAGGGAAGGACUACAACCACCCCCUUACCGGCCACGUAGAGAUGCCUUUGAAACUUUUACUAAAGGGCAUUCCUGUUCUAGUAACAGGGAUUGCUCUGGUCAGAGAACUCGUUCUCAGAACAUCAGAAAUCCAGCCUUCACUGCCACAGGCUCUUCUGUGCCACCAUGCUGCCAGCCUAUCACUACUGUGACUGCUUCAGCUUCAGUUACUGUAGCUGUACAUCCUGCUGGGCAUAAUCACAAUCCUCAUGGAGGAAGCUGUCCAGCCUGUGAGAGACACCAUGAAGCCGAGCAUGGACAAUUUGAGGAUCCUCAUGUGCCAUUUAAUGUCCGGUGUGAGAGGAGGAACUCUAAAAUAGAAAUCAUAGAACUGCAAGAUGUUGAAUGUGAAGAAAGGACUCAUGGCGAGGGCUCAGAUUAAGGGAAAUAACUGAAGCAAAGAAGAGGCCAAAGAUGGGAGACCUCGUCUUUCCAGAAACUCUUGAAGAGAAACUACUUCAAGUUAUGGGGGGGAAAAGGACAAUGCUGCACCAGGACAAAUAUUCCCCUUUACUGUAAUCUAUUGUAAAAUGUUGUGAAUUAUUUCUAUAAAUAUUUAAAAGAUGUACACAUCUGUAAUAUACGAGAGAAACUGUGUAAAGUAGUAUAAUCUGGAGUUAUGUUAAACUCCUGUUUAACAGAGUGGGGACUGUUGUUUGUGCUCUGUACUUACUGUACGUUGAUUUCUAUGCCACAAUUAAGCUUAAACUAGUCAUAAAUUUCAGCAUAUGUUGUUGCUGCUUAAAUAUUGUAUGAUUUACAUGUAUAAUUCUAUGCAAAUAUUGCUAAUGUAUUAGGAUAUUUUUGUGUAAAGGUUCAUAAAUAUAUAUAUUUGUGUGUGUGAGAGAGAGAGUGUGUUAAACUAUUUUAAAAUUUUUCAUAUCACAGCCCUGUGGUAGUAUGAAAUACUUCUGUUAACUUUCAAACACGCUAUGCGUGAUAAUUUUUCUUUUCUGUUUUUUCCUUAAUGAGCAGAUAUGAAGAGCAGUGUGUUUAACGCUGAUGACUGAAGUAGGCAUAGCUGUGUGGUUUGUGUACUGUAACUGUUUUGUGGAGAACAGAUUAUUGUGAACGUCUAACAUACGCCCUGCUGAAAUGAAUGUAGCAAUGAAAGUAUGUGACUUACCUAUAAUUCUCAUAUCUAACUAAUGGCUCACAUGUAAGAGCUUUGGCCAGAAAAUUAUAUGUCAUAUAAUCCCUUUUGCCUUUAAUAACCUACCAAUGCUGGCUAACAAUACAGAUUUGGACUUUUCAGUUCAAUCAGCAUUAAGCAAGUUUUCAUGGGUGAGCAAAUGUUUGUAAGUUUGUAAGUUUGACUGAUUGCAAAUAUUUGCAAUCAGUCAAUAAUAAUUAAUUAAUUAAUAAAAUUCCACAUCCAGUUUAAACAGCUGACAAACUACCAAUAAUAAUAAUGGAGCUUAACAACUGUUAAUACCACCAUUAAAAAAAAAGGAGUGGAAUGAUUGGGAGCCAGCAUUUGUAAGUUCUAGGCUUCUGAUGUAUUGUACUUGGCCAUGAGCAAACUACAGAAACUGCCUCUGUUGACUGCACCGUGGCUCCAGUGAGAAUAAAAUGGCCUCUUAUCCUCACUGCAUCAUCCCAUCUACUCAAAACAGAAUAAGAAUGAGAUGCUGGAAGCUAAAUGGUAAAAAGUUUGGUGUGUUUUAGAACUGCACUUCAUCAUCAUGAUCAUAGAUGGUCAUGGCUGCAAUAUGCAACACAACAGAUGUAUUUGAUCUUUUUUGUCCCAACAUUUUAUGAAACCUUCAAGUUAGUCAAAGAACAUUUCCAUUCAGGUUAUCAGAUCUGAAAAGGUGUCCCUUUUAAUGUUGUCUUCUCCAAGCUGGCAACUCUGGUGUGUUGUACUAUAGGCUUUUUAAUCAGGAAGAUACCAGGUUGAGAAAUAUAUCUUAAGUAUUAAUCAUUUAGAUGUUUAAAUAAAGAACAGUAUUUUUCAAAUUUGUAAUAAUGAAAAAUGGCCAUAUUAGGUAUAUUCCAGCAAGAAAGUAAGAUGGUUCAUUUAACACUAUUUUAUGGCUUUCAUUUCUCAGAGUAAAAGAGUAACAAAUGUAUAAAAAAAUAUAGUAAAAUAGGAAGAAAUUACUUGAAGCAAUCAAGUAAGAAAGGCAAAGCCUUGAAAUGAUACCAGAAGACAUAAGCUAUACAAAUUAUUAAUACAUGCCCUGUAUUCCAUAUAAAACUACAUAAACUUGAAGGUUUUCAUCAGAAAUUUAGUAAAAGUUUUAUCCUUUCAUUAAAUGUUCUUUUAAGUUUUCAAUUUUAUACAUUCUUUCUGCAUUUCAAAGAAAACAUAUUUGUUUUUACUAUGAUAUGAAAAGCACAGUCAGCAUGGAUUCCCUACCAUCUUUGUUAACAUUCUGCAUUUUAGUUUGAAAUAGUAACAGAGGCUGAAAAAAAAAUGAGGUUAAUUUUCUCUGCUGUGUCUGGAUCUCAUGAAAAGAGGAAUUCCUGCGUUUCUUCCACACGUUGCAUGAGCUGCCCUUACAAUAUCAUCAUCCACCACUAAGACAAUUCUCCUUUUCAACAAAACUCUGAGGACAGUGGUGAAAUCCAAUUUUUUUACUACCGGUUCUGUGGGUGUGGUUCGGUGGGUGUGGUGUGGCUUGGUGAGCAUGGCAGGGGAAGGAUACUGCAAAAUCCCCAUUCCCUCCCCACUCCUGGGGGAAGGAUAUUGCAAAAUCUGCAUUCCCUCCCCUCUCUGGGACCAGCCAGAGGUGGUAUUUGCCGGUUCUCCGAACUGCUCAAAAUUUCUGCUACCAGUUCUCUGGAACCUGCUGGAUUUCACCCCUGUCUGAGGAGCAUGAGACAACAUGCAAACAGAUCUACAUAUAAUUUGAGUUAAAGCACGAUUAUACGCACAGUAUAAACACACUGAUAGCAUUUGAAAGCAGUUUCUUGCUGGUGCAUAGCUCAGCAAGUACUCUUCUGAACACACCUCAGUGAGUGAAAGCUAAUGCUUUUACACAACGCAUGUUAAAUUUGAGACUUGUGCUUAUCCAUCAGCAAUAUAUUUGAUAAGAAGUUCUGGAGCAAUUGAUUUUACCAAAUUAGCCAAGAGCAGCUAUGUCUAAAAAAAAACCCCAUAUAUUUAAGCGAUUUUGCAUCAACCAAUCUAAUAUCUAAAUUCAGCUUAACUUUAGUAAGAAGCAGCGUCAUACAGACAAACCUUGGUAGCCUGUAUUGCGUGAGCCUCAUGAUUAUUUCAGUAAUUAAUCUUCCUAUUUAGUCACUGUUUAAAUAGAGUAAUAAUACCUGUCUUUUGCUCAGUUUCUCAUUUCUCCCUGCUAUAUAUCUGUCAUUAUAAUACAUUAACCAGCAUGGCCCUUUCAGCUCCAACAUUAGUAAUACAUUGAGGCAAAAUGGUUGUAGUUAUCUGUCUAAUUUGAAUUUUCUAUAGAGCAACUGGGUAGCUCAUUGUCUCCGUGGUACAAAAGGCAGGAAAUUUCACUCUAGGCCUAUUUUGCCACAGAAGCAUCUAAAUUAUGGUAAAGUUAGAUUAUUAUAAAGAGAUUCUCUUGUCAGGUACUGGCGACUCAGAAGUUAUGACAGUCGCUUAUUUGCUUCGUGUUAUUUUUUAAGAAAGAGGGAGAAAGUGAGCAAGUACAAGAAUGUAGUUUUCAGUAGUCCUCACCUUAACUUUCCUCAGUGUGUGUGUUUGUGUGUCAGAGAUAUUUUUGCCUUUUUAUUUUAUGGGAUUGCCUACUCCUUGGCGCAUAGUAUUGACCAUUUUCUCUUGUCACAUUGGCAAAAGAUUUCAGUGAUCAGCUCUUCUAUGUUUUUAAAUGAUAAAAUGUUGAUAUUUAUAUUUUUGUAUCAUAAGAAUGUUUUCUUACAGUAUUUGUCAUGCCAGUUUAUAACAAACAAAAUGCAGGGAUUUUAUUUCUAUUGGAAACACGAUUACAGCUAUGUUUUUACUUUUUAAUUGAAAUUUUUAUUUGUAUAGAAUGCUUACUAAUGUUAAAUAGGAAGAGAAUAUAUAACAUUUACAUUAAGAACUCAUUCAGUAGGGGUUUUUUUAGAGUGAGAAGUCGAAAGGAAAAAAUAUUCAGACUGGUUCUCAUUGACUGUUUUUAGCAGGAAUGGGUUUGUAUUUCAGUUACAAAGAUAAAAGUAUGCCAUAUAAUUUAUUUAUAUGAAAAUUUAUUUUUGUAGUGUACAUAGUAGUCCUCAAUUCUUUUGACAGAAUUAUAUUUUUAAAAGAGUUUAUAUGUGACAAUACCAUUAUGUUUUGGAACAAUGCUGAGACAUAAAAUACAAUGCACAUUUUUCACGAUAUCCCAUUUGCAAACAGAAUCAAGGUCAACAGUAUUAAGGAGAGUGUGGAAUAUUGCAUGUCAUUCUGAACUGUUUUAGGGUUACCAUUUUGUGAUCUAGUGUGGUUCUCAAUUUUAAAUCAUAAAUGAAAAUUUGUACAAACUCUCUAAACAUUAAUGUUCAAACACUGAUAGAAAUUCUAACAUGAAUAAAAAUAUUAUAACUUA